AUGUCCGACAGUUACGAGGAAGCCCCUAUUGUCAAGGAGUCCGUUGGCUACGUAAAGCCUGAAAUGGUUGUCAAAAAUUUUGCGAAGACCUAUCCCACCCCACCCAUGGAUUCGUACCAACGUUUUAUCCUGAACAUGGGUAAGCUUUUCGGGUGUUGCGGUGUUUUCUGCUGCUUCUGCCAAAAUCCCUAUGAGACUGUCGAUCAGGGUGAGGUUGGCUUGGUGCAAACUUUCGGAGCGUUAGCGAGAACUGUCGAGCCCGGCACGUCGUAUGUCAACACAUGGUCUGAGCAAUUGACACGUGUCAACAUCAAAAUCAACACUCAAGAGCUUCCUUCACAGUCCUGUUUCACACGUGACAACUUGUCAGUGGCUAUUACCUCGGUCGUUUACUACAACAUCAUCGACCCGCAAAAGGCUAUUUUCUCGAUCUCCGAUAUUCACAAGGCCAUUAAUGAGAGGACGCAAAAUACCAUGCGUGACGUAAUUGGAAACCGCACUUUGCAAGACGUUGUUGAGAAGAGAGAGGAAAUCGCUGAAUCGAUUGAGCAGGUGAUCAGCAAAACCGCCUCGGAAUGGGGUGUCAAUGUCGAGUCGAUUUUGAUCAAGGACUUGACGUUGCCUCACAGCGUCCAGGACUCUUUUGCAAAGGCAGCUGAAGCCCGCAGAAUUGGAGAGGCCAAGAUUAUCAAUGCCAAGGCUGAGGUGGAGAGCGCCCGUCAAAUGAGAAAGGCCUCUGACAUCUUGUCGUCGCCUGCAGCUUUACAAAUCAGGUAUUUGGACGCAUUGCAGAACAUGAGUAGAAACCCCGGAACCAGGGUCAUUUUCAUGCCAAGCGCAGACUCAAUUGAAAAGAUUGUGCAUUCUCAAGGCAUGAACCAGGGCCCAAAUGUGCCUGCACGAAUCCCCGAGGAAACGCAAUCUCAGAGCUCUGAAAGGAAUAUGGUGGAAACUUUGCUGAUGCAAGAGGCAUUCAGAGAUGUGUAG